AUGGAAAACGACAAUUCGGGAAAGGGCGCCAACCCGACGAUCGCUAUGUUUCCUCUGCUGCCAUCGAACUCUAAAGGAUGGUUCGCCUUCUUGGAGAGGCAAUUCCGUCUAGCGCAGAUCACGGAUGACGAAACUAAAUUCGUGACUCUAGUUAAAUGCCUCGAGGGCCGUUACGUGCAGCAUGGUGAAGAUAUACUGGACACCCCACCAGCCGCAGGUAGUUAUGAGAAAUUAAAAUGUGCGCUUAUUCUCGCACUAACCGACACAGACAACACACAGGUGAAAAAACAUGUGGAGAGCGAGGAGAUGGGCGACCGAAAGCCAUCUGAAUUUUAUCAACAUUUGAGGAAACUCGCGAGUCCCUCCACCCCAGACGAUUUCGUCCUCUCGCUGUGGAGGACCCGAUUACCCGAUAAUAUACGGCGUAUCCUCGUAGCCGUGGACGACUCAGACUCGGAACGGCUAUUGCACCAGGCGGACCUCAUCGCUGCGGAGUUUCAACAAGAUCACCAGCGUAUCUCCCGAAUAGCAGCGGUAAUCCCAUCAGACGCCGGAACAAACGAACCGUGGGUCGCCGCAUUCAACACAUUGAGCGAGCAGAUGACACAGAUGCGAAUUCAAGUGCAGGCGUUAAGCUUUAGUAAUAAACGCCGUCCACGAUCAGGACCACGGCAGCGUACGCGUUACCGCCGCCGUUCGCGGUUCCGAGACCCGCCGCGGAAAGACGGUCUUUGUUAUUACCAUGCGCCGUUCGGAGAUCACGCGAGGGCCUGUCGUUCCCCAUGCACGUGGAAUUCGGGAAACGCGACCAGCCGUCCGUAG